CGGGUGCGAAAACACACCUUCUCCGCUCCUUCUUAGGCUCCACUCUCAGCUCCCAUCGAUUGUCGGGGAUGUGACCCCGGAACAGGACGCUUCCUUAGAAACAACUUAGCAUUUAAACAACACACAAACAAGGACAAAAAAAAUCCUGGACCAGGAGAGUGGUGCUUCAGGACCAGGGGGGAUGAACCGGGAGGAGGCCCCUGGCAAGUCUCCUGAGGAGAUGUACAUUCAGCAGAAGGUGCGAGUGCUCCUCAUGUUGAAGAAGAUGGGAUCAAAUCUGACGCCGAGCGAGGAAGCGUUCCUGCGGAACUAUGCAGGCGUGGUGCACAGUCAGAUGAGCCAGCUGCCGCAGCAUAAUAUAGACCAGGGUGCGGAGGACGUAGUGAUGGCCUUCUCCAGAUCAGAGACGGAGGACAGGAGGCAGUGACCUCUGACCCCGCAGCAGCUCCUCGCUCCAUCUGACCCUGAGCCUGCUGCGUGGUGGAGAGAGAGAGACGGACUGAGAGUGAGACAGAUGGGAGAGGAGCAGGUCUGUCCUUCACCCGUCGCUCUUUCUCAUUCCCUCCUCUUCCUCACACUAAGCGUCACUCCAGCAGCCGAGCUCCAGCGGCCCAGAGCCUUCAUCACAGCAGGCCGACACAUGAGUCAGACAGAGUGACCUUUUUAUUUUUAACUUUUUUUUUUUUUUUUAGCAUCAUGCUUCAGGCCAUAGUGUUUUGUGUGAAAGUGUGUGUGUCUGUGAGUGUGUCUAAAAGUGUGUGUGUGGCUGAAUGGACCAAGAGCUUCAUUUGUCUGGUCAAACCAAGAGCAAAGCUGGGAUGAAUGGAGAUAAAGGGACUUAAACGGGGUUGUUGUUUUCAGAGUUGUGUGUGUGUGGGGUGCUGUAGAGAUUUCCAAGAUUGAUGGUGUGUUUGUGUGUGUGUGUGUGUGUGUGUGUGUUUAACGUUCUACCAGAUUGUAAUCCUCACAUCGUAAUCUCAUCAUAUUAUUGUGCAAGAUGUUGAGGAUGCUACUGCACUACAUCGAAAAGGACAUGGCGUGUGUGUGUGUGUGUGUGUGUGUGUGUGUGUGUGUGUGAUCCACAUGUUUUUCACAAACGGCUGUAUAAGACUCAUUUAUAGUAAUAUCAUCUUUGGAUUAAUGUGAAAUUUCCUAACCUUUUUUAUUGUAAGGACGACACAAAAAAAUACUAGUGAACAAAUUGUGCCAACUGUCUUUUAUUGUAGAAUAAUUUUUUUAACGUAUCUAAUGAAUGUCUCGGGUCCUUAUUUAUUUUUUUCUGACAUUAAUCUUAAAACUGAACAUGAUCAGUAACCCCUUAAAGAUUUUCAGCGAUUUGCAAUAACACUAUUAGAUCAGUGUACUCUAUUCACAUAAUUGAUUAUUUCAGGGUUUUUAGCUUCUUCUUUUUUGUGUGAUGGGGAAACACUCUGUUGUAGAACCUUCAAGGUUCCUCCAUAGGGAUAACUGACAAUCCUGAAGAAACUACAGGGUGUCCCAUACGUCCCAAACAAAGCAAUAUGUCCACCCUUUUUCUCAGAUACACAUGUUGGUAUGAGAAUUAUUUGGAUUUAUUUGCUGGACUUACGGGAUACCCUGUGGAUUUUCUUUUUUUUAACUAGGAGUGUACAUUCAUAACCAGUUAUUUCUCGUCAGUUUAUAAUGUCUCGUAGUAAAAAGGAAAUCUUUCUAAAACACUUUCAAAGACUCCAAGCAUUUUUUACUUCUACACUGAAAUGAAUUCCAAUUUAAAAUUUUGAUUGUUUCCAUUUUUUGACCUAAAACCUUUUAAAUACGUAAGAUUUAUGACUUCAUCAGUAUUUAAUGUGCAUACAGGUUAAAAAAAAUAAUAAUAAUUUGUUAACUUGCGUGACUGUAACUUGGUGUUUUGAAAUGACGCAUGCUUAACUUGCGAUUUAAUGGUGUACAUUCACGUAGAGCUCAAAGUCUUGCCACAAUGAACAUUACUGAGUAUUUUUGAUAUUUGUGGAAGCUAGUCCUUUUCUUCAAAACGUGUCAUGCUCCGUAUCCUGUUGGCAAUAAGCCCUUAACCGAAUCUCCUCUGAGUUUACAUCUACAGGCUCACACACUUUUUUCUGUAACUGUAUCACCAGUGAUGAGGAUGUGUUUAUAAUUGUGUUUAAUGUUUUCUAUGCAUUUUUGUUCAUAAAGGAUAAAAGCUUUUGAAGUGCAUGUAGAACGCACGUAUCUAUAAAGAACCUUGGUUCUCUUGAUUAAGUUCAAGCCCCUAUAGAAAUGUCUCUUGGGUUGAAAAUUUCAAAUUUUCUUAUUUUAAUGUUUUACCGCUGUCAUCUCAGACCAGUUUUGCCUUCAUUUCUACCUUUUUUGUUUUACGUUGUAAAAGUCGAUUGUGAUGGUUGAUUUGUGAUGGUUACAUUAUUGUCAUUUGAGUUUGAACAUUUUUUUUUUUCUAUAUGGCUGCUUCCAUGUCCUUCGACUUUAAUGCUUCCAAAAGCUGAUCCAUUAAAGGAGUUAAGGCUA